UGUGCUAGUGGCCACCGCCGCUGCCCAAGCCGGAGACCSAGCUGCCGCCUUAGUUCCCGCGCGUCGCUGCUUCCCAGAGCGGCGGAAUGCUGGGGAAAGGGGUAGUCGGCGGUGGCGGUGGCACCAAAGCGCCAAAGCCCUCCUUCGUGUCGUACGUGCGCCCGGAGGAAAUUCACACAAACGAAAAGGAAGUAACAGAGAAGGAAGUAACUCUUCACUUGUUGCCAGUGUGCAGCCAGAACAAGGUGGUCAUGCUGUGGAAGGCUGCAGUGCCUCUUGUGUCUGAGGAAAUCCUGGAGCUCUCACAGGAAAAGGGAGUGGGACCUGCAUCCAGGCAUGCAAGCGAGCUGCUCCAAUCUCAGGAAACUCAGUUUAAGAAUAAGGUUAUGGGAGAAAAUGACAUUACACUCCACUGUGUUGAUCAGAUUUAUGGAGUGUUUGAUGAGAAAAAAAAAAUUCUCUCUGGACAACUGAAGAAAUACCCUGAGAAACUUAUCAUCCACUGCAAAGACCUCCGAGUGUUUCACUUUUGUCUGAGAUACACAAAAGAAGAGGAAGUCAAAAGGAUUGUCUGUGGCAUAAUUCAUCAUACCCAGACCUCUAUACUUCUUAAGAGAUUAUUUCUGUUUUCCUAUGCAACUGCUGCACAAAACAAUACAGCUACUGAUCCCAAGAACCAGACAGUAAUGUUUGAAACACUUAAGGACUGGUGCUGGGAGUUGGAACGGACAAAAGGCAAUGUGAAGUACAAAGCAGUGAGUGUCAAUGAAGGCUAUAGAAUCUCUGAGAGGUUGCCAGCAUACUUUGUUGUCCCUACCCCUCUUCUUGAAGAGGAUAUGCAACGCUUUCAGGGUCACAACAUACCAAUAUGGUGUUGGUCCUGCCACAAUGGAAGUGCCCUUUUGAAAAUGUCAGCACUGCCCAAAGAACAGGAUGAUGGUGUUUUGCAAAUCCAGAAGAGUGAAAUCCAGACGGCAUACUCUAAAUUUAAACAGCUAUUUCUGAUAGAUAACAGUACUGAAUUUUGGGACACAGACAUAAAAUGGUUUUCGCUCUUGGAAAAUAGCAGCUGGCUUGACAUAAUCAGACGUUGCCUGAAAAAAGCAAUAGAGAUCAUAGAAUGUAUGGAAGCACAAAACAUGAACGUUCUUCUUUUAGAGGAAAAUGCCUCCGACUUCUGCUGCCUCCUUUCCUCUCUGGUGCAAGUGAUGAUGGACCCCCACUGCCGAACCAAGAUUGGUUUCCAGAGCCUCAUCCAAAAGGAGUGGGUCAUGGGUGGCCACUGUUUCUUGGAUCGCUGCAACCAUCUCCGCCAGAGUGACAAAGAGGAGGUUCCUGUGUUCCUGCUUUUCUUAGAUUGUGUCUGGCAGCUGGUGCACCAGCAUUCCCCAGCAUUUGAAUUCACAGAGACUUACCUGACGGUGUUGUCAGAUAGCCUSUACAUACCUAUUUUUAGCACCUUCUUCUUCAAUUCACCUCAUCAAAAAGAUACUAACAUGGGUAGAGAAAGCCCAGAUACACAAAGCAAGCCUUUGAAUCUGCUCACCGUGUGGGAUUGGUCUGUACAGUUUGAACCCAAAGCCCAGAUGUUGCUCAAAAACCCUCUYUAUGUGGAAAAGUCAAAACUGGACAAAGGCCAACGGAAAGGAAUGCGUUUUAAACACCAACGACAACUUUCUUURCCACUCACCCAAUCRAAGUCAUCUCCCAAAAGAGGAUUUUUCAGGGAAGAGACAGAUCAUUUAAUUAAAAACCUUCUGGGCAAGAGAAUUAGUAAACUUAUUAAUUCUUCUGAUGAGCUGCAAGACAACUUUCGAGAGUUUUAUGACAGCUGGCAUAGCAAGCCUACUGACGAUUCAGAACUCCCUGCCGAUUGUCCAGCUCUGUGGGUGGAUGAGAGGAAGGGUCUGCUACAGCUGUGCUGUAAGAAGCUGCAGAUGUACUCUUUGCCCAUCCAUAGCAUCAAGAGGAUCUUGGAGAGGUUGGAUCUGGACUUUAUCCAGCAAGUGCAAGUGCAGUGUUCCUGGAGACUGUCCAUUUGGUCUACUUUUGCUACCUAUGGGGGCCAGAUGAGCAACCUGAGGAAGCUCUUUUUCUCCCACGUCUGUGUGUCUGCCUAUGCUUCCCAGGAGGAGAAAGACCAGUUGAUAGAUGAUAUUACCUCACAGUUUGCCAAGAUGGACAGCCUCCAGAGUCUGUACCUGGAUGGGGUCUUCCUCCUAGAUGGCCAUCUGUGCCAGGUGCUCAGGCUCCUGAAGACCCCCCUGGAGACYCUCUCAAUAACCAACUGCAAGCUCUCAGAUCCAGACUGGAAUGAUCUGUCUGGAUCUCCAAACCUCCAACAGCUAAUACACCUCACAUUKUGGGGCAGCAAAUUGAUGAGUUUCAGUCCUGARCCCCUCAUAAUUCUGCUAGAGAAUGCUGCAGCCACCCUUGAGACCCUAAACUUGCAGGACUUGGGAUCACCAACUCCCAGCUCCAGGCCAUCCUACCUGUCCUGA